AAAGUCAUCAGAUGAUAUGUCCAUAUCUUGGACUAUAAAUUCCCAAGUUCUUCACUUCAAUGACAGUGAUACGAAGAAUCAAAAUCUCUUCCUCUUCUCAUUUUCUUUUGCUGGGUGUAUAUUAUAUAAGCUUUGUUAUUUCUACUCAUAGUUUAUACUAGAAGAACUUGUUAAAUCUUAGGGAGUGAAAUAUCCUUAACGAUAGUGUCACACACACCUCAAGGUUUCAAAAAUUCCCGAUUGUUUUCGUGUUUUGUACAACAAUCUUAAGAAUAUUUCUUGUUAUUUUGUUGUCAUGGAGAACGAAUUGCCAAACAAAGCCUUGUUUUCAUUCUUGAUGAUUGUACUUUAUGGUGUAUUCAAGCGUGAAGGGUUCAAGAUUAGUGACGUGAUUUGUUGUUGCUGUGAAUACAAAUCUCGAUUGGCUGGUAAAACGUUUGGCAUUGGAGGUUCUACUCUUGUUAUAUUUUCAACUAUAAUCGUCUUCGCUAUACUACUCAGCUUUUGGAAUUAUGCUACUACGGUUUUUUUAUGCAUACCUGAUCUCGAGAACUUGCAAGCAAUAAUACAUGGAAGGGAAACGUUACCACAUGUAUAUGUCAAAAGAGGGGAAGACAAUGAAGGGAAAAAAGGAAAGAAAGGGAAAGCAGACAACUCAUUGUCAUUUAUACUUGGAGAAAUUCCAUAUCUGAAGGGCAGAAUCACAAUUAUGUGCCAGCUUUGGGAACUGACAGGAUCUGUUCCGGUGUCAUCUGCUGUACUUCGCAAGGACAUUGACUAUCUCCUGGAUUUGAUAGAGAGGUUAAAGAAUGGAAGAGAUCAAAUUGCUCUUGACAUGGGCAAAAUUGAGAAGCUGACAUUUCUGUUGUCAAAUUUACGGAUUUUGUAUUUCAUUUCUGAUAAGCCUGAUGCCGAAAUGUCUUGUAUAUCACAUGAGGCUCAUGAUCUGAUGACUGCUUAUGAUCUGGUUCAGUCAAUUUUUCAUCAGAGUGGACGAGAUGACAUGAUGCCUAAGUUAAAGGAAAAUAUCAGCUUAGAUCAUCAUUCUGAAUCAAGUAAAACCAUGUGUGAGGAUCAGUUGGUUGAACUUUUGGACGCCCUCCUCGUGGUUCUUAAUUAUCUGCCCAAGCAUCUUUUCCUAUCAAUGACUCAAUAUGAGCUUCUUCAGAAUGUAUGCUGCCAUUUAAGAGAUUUCCAUGAGCUGAAAUUAAAUGGCUGCAUUGAACAUGAGACAGUUGAAUAUGUCUUACCUCAGUUUCAACUUAUGGCUGAGAGAGUAGGACACUUCUGUAUUGUCCUUAUGUCGUAUCUGGAUAAAAUAAAUGAAACAGAAGAACUUGAUGAAACAGAUGAACUUGAUGAAACACUUGAGCUUAGUGAAGCAGAUGAACUUGAUGAAACAGAUGAACUUGAUGAAACAAAUGAACUAGAUGAACUUGAUGAAACACUUGAGCUUAGUGAAGCAGAUGAACUUGAUGAAACAGAUGAACUUGAUGAAACAUGUGGAAUUGGUGAAAUAGAUGAACCUGAUGAAGCAGAUGAAGUUGAUAGAAAACUUGAAGUCCCUCAAGCCACUUCUAUGCUAGCUGAUCUACUUGUGAAGAUUAUUCCGGUUGAACUGGAGGUUAUGCACAUAUGUUCAACAAAUUUGAAAGCUUCAAAGUCAGCAGAAGUUGGACGCUUCAUUACGCAGCUCCAAGAAGCCUGUCCAGACAUUCUUAGAGAACAUCUAAUCUAUCUACAAGAGCACUUGGUAACUGGUCUUAAUGCUAGCACUUCAGCUCAGAACAUUCAUGUCAUGAUAGAGUUUCUAUUGAUUAUUCUUGCUGAUAUUCCCAAGGACUUUAUUAAUCAUGACAAAUUGUUUGUUCUCUUGACACGUAUUGGAGCACAUACCAGAGAGGCAUCCAUUCUUGUUGGCAACAUAGAAGAGAACUCAAGGAAUGAAGAGAAUAUGAAUGAAGCAAGCCGUGCAAGUCUAGACUUGCUGGAAAAUAUCGAACUCCUGAAGAAAGAUCUCAAGCAUGUUUUCUUAAAAGCCCCUGCACACUCAUCUCAGCUCUGUUUCCCCAUGAGUGACGGACCACUCUUCAUGACUCUUCUAAUCGGAAACUUAAAUGAUUUGUUCAGAUCCAAUGCUUAUUCAGUAGCUUUAAUAAAGGAAGAAAUUGGGUUGGUAAAAGACGACCUAGAAUUCAUAAGCUCCCUCGUCGGGAGUGUUGACCAAGAAUUGAAUAGAGAUCUCUGGACUCGUGUUCUAGAUGUGGCAUAUGAGGCAGAACAUGCCAUUAAUUCAAUUCUUGUCAGAGAUCAUGGUGUCUUGCACCUUAUCUUCUUACUUCCCUAUACCAUCGGAAAGAUUAAGCUUAUCAAAGAAGAGGUACAACAGAAGAUCUCCACGAAUAGUGGCCUCGUCGUAAGCUCUCCCAACAAGCCAGUUGAAAUUAGAAAGUCACCAACAACUGCUCAAAUAAUUGUAGGUUUUGAGGAGGAGACAAAGUGGAUAAUUAGGAAGCUCACCCUCAGACCAACUGAGUUAGAUGUCAUUUCCAUAUUUGGUAUGCCAGGGGUUGGAAAAACUACGUUGGCUUACAAAGUAUAUAAUGACAAGUCUGUUGUUUAUCAUUUUGACAUUCGUGUUUGGUGCACAGUCGACCAAGAACGUAAUGUGAAAAGGUUAUUGCAGAAAAUUUACAAUCAAGUUAUUGGUUUGAAAGAAAGAUUCAGUGAGAAGGAUGACAGAGAUGAAGAUGUUGCUGAUAAGUUACAAAGAGAAAUGAUUGUAAAAACGUUCAGUGAGAAGGAUGAUAUAGACGAAGAUGUUGCUGAUACGUUACGAAGACAAAUGAUAGUAAAAAGAUUCAGUGAGAAGGAUGACAUAGAUGAAGAUGUUGCUGAUAAGUUACGAAGACAAUUGUUUGGAAAGAGGUACCUUAUUGUCUUGGAUGACAUGUGGGAUACUGCAAUAUGGGAUGAGCUAAGAAUGUCUUUUCCUGAAUAUCCGACAGGAAGUAGAAUCAUCUUAACAAGUCGCAAAAAGGAAGUGGCUGUGCAUGGAAAACGCCACAGUGAUCCUCUUAACCUUCGAUUGCUAAGGCCAGAGGAAAGUUGGGAGUUAUUCGAGAAGAGGGUAUUCGGAGAAGAAAAUUGCCCUCGCGAACUAAGGGGCGUUGGAGAAAGAAUAGCCCAAAAAUGUAAAGGGCUUCCUUUGGCACUUGAUCUGAUUUGUGGAGUCAUUGCAAGGAAGGAAAAGAAAAAGGCUUUGUGGCUUGAAGUUUUAAAAAAUUUGAGUUCCUUUAUUUUCAAGGAUGAAGUGAAAGUGAUGAAGGUUAUACAAUUAAGUUAUGACCAUUUAUCGUAUCACCUUAGGCCAUGUUUACUUUACCUCGCAAGUUAUCCAAAGGACGAAUAUAUUUUUACCUCUGAUUUGAAAGAUUUAUUGAGUGCUGAAGGACUCAUGGAACAGACUGAGAUGAAGAGUGUGGAAGAAGUAAUGGAGUGUUAUUUGGAUGAGUUAAUUUCCAGUAGCUUGGUAGUAGUUUUUAGUGAGACAGGUGGGAACCCGAGGUGCAGAAUCCAUGAUCUUGUGCAUGAUUUUUGUUUGGCAAAAGCUAGAAAAGAAAAAUUGUUUGACUUCAUAAGUCCAAGUGGUCCGUCUUCUUCUUCGGAACUGAUGCCACGUGGAAUGAUUCACUACAAUCAAAAGUCUGUCCAGCUCAAUCUAGAAAAGAGAAAUUAUGCUAAGCACCUCCUCUCUUUGAAGGUAGACAUGACUCGUAGUAAAUAUUGGCAUGGGUAUCAUCUUCCCUACAACAUUUACCUACGAAACUUGAGGCUUCUUAAAAGGUUGGAGCUGCGGGAAAUAAGAUUGACAGAUUCUUUGCUGAAUGAAAUAGGCAUGCUUUUUCAUUUGAAGUGCUUAAAAAUUCAGACGAAGGUAAAAGCUCUCCCUCUGUCAUUUUCGAACCUCAGGAAUCUAGAAACUUUGGUGGUGAAUAACCAGAAAGAAACCAUGGAACUGUCACCUGGUAUUUGGAGUCUUGCAAAGCUACGAUGUGUGAAAAUCAAUUAUUGUUCUCUCUUGGAUGAACCAACGGAUUCAAAGUUGGAGAAUUUGAGAAUAUUAGAUGGUCUCUUCUUUUUCUUUCCAAGAAACACAGAGGACAUCUUCAAAAGGUUUCCCAAUCUUCGAACCCUUGGACUCAGCAUUGGAAACCCAGUGGAUUUUUGUUUUCCAAGAUUUGAUGUCUUUAAUGCACUUGAAGAACUUUCCAUAAGUUCUGGUGGCACUUGGUUUGAUAAACCAUGGGAUUGUCACUUGCCUUCGAGCUUAAAUAAACUGGAGGUGUUAGAGCUUCAUUUGACAUCCGAUUCAAUGUCAAGAAUUGGAAGACUACCCAACCUUCAACACCUGAGUCUAGAAUGCACAACCAUCCAGGGGGGAGAAUGGAACUUGGAAGAAGUCACCUUCGAGAGUCUCAAAUUUCUGAUGUUGUAUAUGGUGUCUUUCUCUGAAUGGAAGGUUGAUGCAGAGGAAUCCUUUCCCGUGCUCGAGGAAUUAGAAAUAUAUGCAUGUUUUAAGCUUAAGGAGAUUCCGGACAGUUUUGGGGAUAUUGCUUCAUUGAAGUCUAUCAAUGUGUGGAGGGACCUUCGACUAAGAGAUUCAGCCCUGAAUAUAAAGGAAUAUGUUGCAGAAAUGACGGGAGAAGACAAGCUUGAGGUGAAGUGGAAGUCCUUAUCUCCAGAGAGCAUAUAAAUGUUUGCCAGCACAUCAACCUGUAGAAGCUUCAAAUGAUGGAUGUAUUCCUCAAACUUUGAUGCCGCUUCUUCCAGCUGUGUGGUUUAUCCGUUGUGGUUAAGCACUGUUUUCCAGUUUGACUUCUUUUCAAUUUCUUCUUCUUUUUUUGGCGAUUAAAGGUGCUUAUAGACAGCAGAACUAUCCUAAAAUACAAGCAUCGCUUAAUAUUCAAAUUUGCUGUUAAUCUGACUGAUUCUUCUAGUAAUGACUCUUUCUCAUAAUACAGAAAAUCUCCAUAGCUUUUCCCAUCUACUUCCAAAGAAUAUGAAUGGAAUAGGAAUGAGAAACUGUCUAAGCAGCUAUAUCACUUUCCUCUCAGGGACUUCUUAGAAUGGUCAAGGAAAAUCUGGUAAAAAUACAUAUGUUAGCCAAAGUUGCAAUAAGCAUUCUCCAUUUUUUAACAUCCUUUCUGUUAGUGCACGGAUUUUAAUGAUGACUUAUUAUGUGCAGGUACAAAAAGAAAAAACGGGCAAAGUGUCACUACUCAAAAGAUGAAGAACUUAGUUGACUACGAAGCGUGACCUAAUCAAGAUGUAGCGGACAAAUGAUUCCAGUACACCUGCUAAGGGAAGAAUAUGUCAUUCCCAGAAUCAAGGAAGACGUAUUUCUGAGCAAAACAGUCGCAGCAAAUCAAGGUAGAAGUUCUGAUUUUUGUAUCAACCACAAAUCAGGAAAAGGAGAGAAGAUCAAUCAAGGACAGAUCAAAGAAAAAAGCAAAGGAAGAAGCUGCAAGAAUUAAAGAUUGGAAAACGAGUAAAGGAAGCUCGUACUUUAUUCUUGGAAAGUAUAUUCAUAUCUUUCCAAGGAUCAAAUCCCUUGGGUUGAUUUCUCUGUACAAGAUCCAGUCAAAGCUUCAAUCAAGGAUCGUUCCAGCCUCCAAGCCUCACACGAAGACUAUAAAGCUAUCAAGUGAAAGACGAGAAAAAAAAAAAUACUUUCGUCUUAUACCAAUCUCAACUUCUUUGUUCUACUCUUAACAAACAUUGUAUUUCAAUAGUGAUGUAUUGUGUAAACAAAAGAGAGAAGAGACGAAAAGUUGUUUGGUGAGGGAUUGUAUGGCGUGUUGCUAGAAAGAAAAAAAGAACUGAUUUUGUUAUGCAGGGAACACACCAUCACUGUACAAGACAACUUUAAGAGCUUACAGAGAACACCCAUUCAACCAAGGGACUGGACUUUGAUCAAAAACAUCCCAUGUCACUUUACUGUUCUGCAAUUUAAAUUCUGCAAUCCCUUUACUGUUCUUCAUAAGUAGAUUUUAAGUCAACUACAACUUACUAGCAGUCGACUAAACUAUGAAAAAGUUUCCACCCCCCCUCUUGCACUUUUACUUUGUUAUUCUUAUUGUUUUUUUUUCUUUUCUUUUUUGUGGGAAAGUUAAGCAUGGUAUGACUUGGUAUACAGAUGUUGAAAGGAAUAU